AUGGACAAGUUGCGUAGGAAUUUCCACAGCUCCAAGUCGUCUCAUUGGGUCAUUUCAGGCGGCCUAAACCAGGAGGAGGAGGAACGCUGCGUCAUAUGUCUCGAGUCUCUUAGCUUUUCGUUCAGACUUCCAGGUGAAAAGCCACAAAUUGUCCCAGAAUGCGGGCAUGCUCUCCAUGAUGCUUGUUUCACUGCUGUUUACGGACCUGUUGUGCGCGGUCAGCAUGGCCGAUCCAACCUCGGCUUAUGUGGCGUUUGUCGGCGCCCUAUGAAGUUGGGUGACGGUGACAACACUAAAGGAAACAAACUUGCAGCCCUCACUGGUGUUGGGGGUCAAAACAAUGGAAACCAAACGUAUCCUGGUCGCGAAAAAGGGGGGCUUUUCAGAGUACCUCAACUCAAUCGAAUGAAUGCACCCACUCCGACCCCUUACGAUCCUGAUGAAGAUGACCCAAUCGACCCUUCCGGAUCUGUCAAGUCUGGCUCUUCUGAUUCUACACAAUAUGUUGUAGUCCCUGCCAUUCAAGCCCGCUCCGAAUUCUCAUCCAUCACUCGCUCGCACACAACGCCGACUCGAUCUCUCACCUGCUUGGUGAUUGUUGAGUUACCGUUUGUGUUCAAUCCGACUCCCCCUGCGUCGAAUUCCCCCUUUGCCGCCAUCACCACUGACUUGAAAAUGAGAAUGCAUGACUGGAAGGGCCACGCGCUGGAUGGACUCGGGCCACUUCAGAUGUUUGACAUCCUUAGUGUCCGCAGAGACGCACUUGUCCGAGAGUUUUUUGUCUAUUUGUUUAGGGAAGCUCUUAUUUGUGUGCUGGAGGAAAAAAAGAGGGCACUGGGUCGAUUACUUCAUGGAUCUUCGAGCGCAUCCAUCAUAUCUGGCGAGCAUGGCUUUAGCAGUAAGGGCGUUCUUCGACUCAAAGGUCGAAUAUAUAUCCGCCACAUCAAACGCAUCAUCGACACCUCGGUUGCAGGAGAGUUAAGUUUGACUAUUGACAUGGAGGAUGAUCGAUUGGAGUCUUUUAUUCUGGUCUUUAAGGAAAGGUCCCAAUUGGAAUCAUGGAAGACGGUCCAGGAGGCUUUGCGGCCAUCUCGGUCCCAUACACCGUCGGGCCUCCUUGGCAACGGGAUGGAGGAGUUCGGAGGGAACAGCAAGGCGGCGCGGAUCCUCAGCAUUGGCUCUGUUGAUACCGUUUCUUCUCGCUUAACAAGUCAGGACAGUGUCUUCGGCUCAUCACAGAGGUCAACCCUGUCUUCUUCUACGACGGCGUCCUCGCGUCAAAAUGGCCCCCUCCAUCACUACUCCUCCUACCAUCAACCUCCAUUGCCGACCGUCGUCCCUCACUACUCAGCUGGUACAAGCAAUAGUCUGUCUCCUGUUUCUCACACGCCUUUGGAUUUGAUUUGUGUGAUUUCGCUUCCACCUCCGACUUCCAAUGCCUCUACAGCCUCUCUCAAACUCCGAGUCAUUAGAAACACCCUCGAUUUUGUUCUCACGACGCUCGGCAGUAAAGAUCGCCUUUCUUUGGUAACAUUCGAAUUUGGGCCUCAAGGGAGAAUUCGCAAGACUCCUUUCCUGUGCCCAGGAAGGGCGCAGAGCAAAAAUCGACUUGUCCGUUUCAUCGAGACUUUGGACAAACGUGACGCAGACGAUGAAUUUUUAGUCCCUCCUGGGAAGGAUGAGAAGGCGGACGUCGUCACGGCAGUUAACCAUGGUUUGGAUGUUGUACUCCAACGAAAGUCAAAAAAUCCUCUCUCUGGCUUGAUACUAGUUAGCGAUACAGCCGACAGCACGCGACGUGCGCAAAUGGAUUUGGUGCUAGCUCGUGCAGAGGCUGCAAAUGUCCCGAUACAUUCGUUUGGCUAUGGAAAAGCUCAUGACCCGGCGUCAUUAUGGCUCAUGUCCAAUCAUACAAAUGGAACAUACACAUUUGUCAAGGAUUGGUACGAUCUGAGGGACUGCUUCGCUGGAUGUUUGGGUGGCAUGAUGUCGAUUGCCCUCACCAACGUGAAGUUGCAUCUGAGGGUCGUCGACCUAAGCCGCUUUAAGAUGCGCAAAGUGUCGGGCGCAUCGCACGCCAUCGUUGCUUCAGAUGGCAGAGACGUGCAUGUUGAUAUCGGAGAGCUGCGGUUUGGAGAGAAGAAAGAGAUGCUUGUUGAGGUGGAGCUUCACACCGGUUCGGAAACCAAUGGCUCAAUGACCACCUUGAAUGGUUCAAGUGUGCCGAACGCUACUGAAAGGUUCGUUCAAGGAUUGGGUAGACUAAGCCUUGAUGAUUCGUCGCCUACGCUCGUCGAUGGUAUGAUGGAUGGUAUGAUUGACGAAAUGCCCGUGUUCGAACUCGAUGGCUCGUUCUAUGACCCUGCCGUAGCUAAAACUGCGUCGCGCCUGGCUAACCCCGUCCUGCUUACUAUCACUCUUCUCCCCGCUUCUGCUACUAGCAAGGGGCUGCCCACACCGGCUUCUGACGUUGUCAUUGUCCGGCGCCGUAUGGAAUUGCUGGCAUCCGAUAUGAUCACCCGCGCACUCGUCCUCAUUAGCAGAAAGAACAUACCCCAGGCACAAAAGAUUCUGGAAGAAACGAAGAGAAUACUGCACACCGUGUUGCAAAACGUGUCACAAUACCUGACUCCUGUUGCCACCCAAGGCUCAGUCAGAAGCAGGAAGGAGCUAUUGAACCUUGCUGCGGUUCGAACUCUGCAGUCUAUUCUUCAAGACUUGCAAGUUCUUAUAGAUGCCCUUGAAGACAACCAGGCUAUGAUCCUUCGUGAUCAAAAAAGUUGGAGUGGACGGACUCCGACUGAAAAACUAUUCUGGUCAUCAGACAACUCGCUAGAACUUGUCGCACGAAGUCACGAUUGGGUGUCCAGUGUUCAGGAGUGA